UCCACCACUACUCCUUCCAUUUCUCCACCACAGCAUCACUGAUCGGUGUUCAUUUCUUCCAAGAUUUUCAUUUCCUCUCAACAUGGAUUUCUUAUCAAGCUUAGCCAAAGGUGAAUCCAAGCCCGACAACUCCGAUCAGAAACCCGAUCUCUUUGCCAGCGCCAAGGUGGUGGCUGAUGCUGCCCAAGCCCAGUUCCACAAUGAACCCGACAAGUACGACAAGGCUAAAGUCGCCGGCGCCACCGCUGACCUCCUCGACGCCGCCUCUCAGUACGGCAAGCUAGAUGAGACCAAGGGAGUCGGCAAGUACGUUGACCAGGCCGAGAACUAUCUCCGCCAGUACAAUACUUCCACAACCGCCGCUCCUGCCCCAGCCCCCGUCCCGGAUUCCACUGACAACAAAACUACCACCGUCGACGCUCCCGUCCCUGAUUCUGGCGAGCAUAAACCUAUCACCACAGACGCCCCUGCCCCCGUUGGUGAUUCUGAAAAGCCUUCCGGUGGGGGGGCAGGGGAUUACAUUAAGAUGGCAGAAGGUUUCUUGAACAAGGCGUCGGACGAGAAGACAGAGGGUUCAUCGCAGUCAGAAGGUGGAUACGGGGAUUUGAUGAAGAUGGCCGGCGGUUUCUUGAAGAAAUGAUGGAUGCUUUAAUCUAGUGGGCCUGGUGUUGUUGAGUAAUACAUCUUCAUCAUGUUGAUGGAGUGUUUGUUUAGUUCUUGCUCUCAUCAUGUGUUCAUCUUAUGCUUUGUAUGUUCACCAGCUUUGUGUUCCAGUUUUAUUACUUCCAAGAAUUGGAUGCUCUGUGUGAUGUGUUUUUUAGUGUAUGUAUUUGUCACUUUUGCUGUUUUGA